CUCUGUAUAAAAGGGAGCACAGCGUUUGACGACAAAAACACUCCUGCCAGACAGAGCGCAGCUGGAAUUGAAGAACACUCUGACUUACUGUCCUGCUUUCAGCCAAGUCGUUCCUACCGUCCGUUGACAUAGCGCCAACUCGGCCGAGAAAAAUACAUCAAACAAACAACCCGGUGAAGAGCAUCAGCUUCCCGUCGUCGGGGAUCUGCUUGGACUGCUGGAACUGCGCGGUCAACGCAAGCAAAGAGGGCGGACAAAAACAAGGCAUCGUCUCGCCGUGUCUGCGACAAUGCCGCUGAGCGUCAACGGCAUCCUGUGCACGCUGGCGCUGCUGCUCGCCUGGCGGGCGCAGGAGCUGGCGGAGGCGUGCAGCUGUGCUCCUGUGCACCCGCAACAGGCGUUCUGCAACGCCGACAUUGUGAUCCGAGCAAAGGUGGUGGGCGAGAGAGAGGUGGAUUCUGGGAAUGACAUCUACGGGAACCCCAUCAAGAGGAUCCAGUAUGAUGUCAAGCAGAUCAAGAUGUUCAAGGGACCGAAUCAGGACAUCGACUCCAUUUUCACCGCUCCCAUGUCGGCCGUAUGUGGCGUCACCCUGGAUGCUAGCGGCAAGAAGGAGUACUUGAUUUCUGGCAAGGCCGACGCCGGCGGUCAAAUGCACGUGACGCUGUGUGAUUACAUCAUGCCCUGGGACUCCCUGAGCGCCACUCAGAAGAAGAGUCUCAGCCAGCGCUACCAGAUGGGCUGCGAGUGCAAGAUUGUGCGCUGUCCCUCGCUGCCCUGCGAGAUCUCUGCCCCCGAGGAGUGUUUGUGGACGGACCUGAUGAUCGAGAAGCAAGUACAUGGUCGCCAGGCCAACCACUACGCGUGCGUCAAGCGGGCCGACGGUUCCUGCUCCUGGUACCGUGGUGUCGCCCCGCCCAAGAAGGAGUUCCUGGAUGCCGAGGACCCCUAAAAAAAAAAAAAAAAAAAGCAGCCCUUUGCUCUGCCUGAACAUAAAUGUCAA